AGAUCUUCCGCAGUAAGAUUUUUCUCAGGUGUGCGGGGAACUCUGCUGUGCACUCUGAACCCGAACCUUCAGGCACAUUCCUGCAGCGACCCCCUCCAGGUCAAAGAUCCCAGCGGGCCUGCAAAAAAGGAAAAAGGCUUGAAGUUAAGUCUCUUCAGACUUAACAAUGGGAAAAUCCAAAAAAGUAACUCUCACUGUUCUCAGCCAGGAGCAAGCAGAAGGUGUGGGUGCUCGAGUUCGGAGAAGCAUUGGCAGACCUGAGUUAAAAAAUCUGGAUCCAUUUUUGCUAUUCGAUGAAUUUAAAGUGGCUAAACCAGCAGGAUUUCCUGAUCACCCACACCGAGGUUUUGAAACAGUGUCUUACUUGCUAGAAGGAGGCAGUUCGGCUCAUGAAGAUUUCUGUGGAAAUAGCGGUAAAAUGGACCCUGGUGAUUUGCAGUGGAUGACUGCUGGCCGUGGGAUCCUGCAUGCAGAAAUGCCUUGCUCUGAGGAAAUUGUUCAUGGUCUACAACUCUGGGUCAAUUUGAGGAGUUCAGAAAAGAUGGUAGAACCCCACUAUCAAAAUCUGAAGGGUAAAGACAUUCCCAAACCCCACAAGAAUGGUGUGACAAUCGCUGUUAUCUCAGGAGAAGCCCUGGGAGUCAAGUCCAAGAUUUAUACUCGAACACCUACCUUAUAUUUGGACUUCAUAUUGGACCAAGGAGCCAAGCAUUCCCAGCCUAUUCCUGAGGGUUGGACAACCUUCAUUUACACAUUGUCUGGCAAUGUGUAUAUUGGACCUGAUGGUGAACAACAAAAAGUUGAACCUCAUCAUUCUGCAGUAUUGGGGGAUGGUGACAGCGUCCAGGUAGAAAACAAGGAUCCUGAAAGAAGCCACUUUGUCUUAAUAGCCGGGGAACCAAUUAAGGAACCAAUUGUUCAACAUGGUCCAUUCGUGAUGAAUACAGAAGCAGAGAUUUCUCAAACUAUCAUUGAUUUCAGAAGUGGCAGGAAUGGAUUCGAAAGAGCCAGAACUUGGAGAUCCAAGAUAGGAAAUGAGUGAAAAAAAAAAAAAAAGGAACAAGAGUAGAUCUAGCUACUUUACAGAUUGCUUCCAUUUGUGUCACACAGUUAAUAAGCUUUAAACAAUAUAUACCAGUACCUUUUUAAGAUUACACACUGAAGUAUGAUAAAUGUACUUAGUUUUACAUGUGGAAAGAGAUUUCUGGCAUGUACAAAUAAAUGUUGCUUCUAUUGGAAAAAAAAAAAAAAGAAGAAAGAGGAACGUAUCUUAUUUCGACGUAAGAUCCCUAGACUUCUGUUGGAGGGAGGGCACGAUGGAGUAAAUGACAGAACGAGCAGGCUUAAGUUCUUUCUUUUAAAGAUCUAUUAAGUCAAUCCUGUGUCCCAGGCAGUAAACGGGUGUCCUUGGUACCAUUUGGAGCAAUGUUAGCUAUUUGACCAUGGAACUCAACCAAGCCUAGGCUGAAGUUUCAUGUUACAGGUUAUCUGCUUUAAAAUAAGAGUCAUCCAGAGUGUUUCAGUGAGUUUUAAAACUGCCACGCUAUUGGUAGAAAUAUAAUAGGAUUACAGCCAAGAUUUUGCUGCAUUUUCUGCCAAAGUCUGUAUCAGAUUAAAGACACAUGCUUCUUCUGCAGGCUUCCAUGAAGGCUGUGAAAAAAGUUUUCAUACCAAGUUGGAUAGCUGCGUUCAGCAGCUCAAAAUAUUGGCUGCUGGAAUACCUUCUUUAAAAGGCGCUGUGAUGUGGAGUGUGGGACAUGCCUGAUUUUAAAAUCCUCUGGACAUGAAAUGGAUUGGAGGGACUUUGCAUUUUCAAAUUGGGAGCUUUUUUUAACUUCAG